ACAAAAAUCUUCCAAGUUAAAGAGAGACAAAAGGUGUGAUGAGGACAUCUACACGUUCAGAAGAGGGAGGGUGUAGCCCUGUACAAAAACCACAAGUUACAGAGCAUAAAAAAUAAUUAACAGUAUAAUAAAAUGCUGUGUUUAAUGUUCAUAAAUAAAUAGAGUUCAUAAUAAUAAAAUGGGUUAAAAUGUGUGCGGAUUAAAAGCAUAAAUAUAAUACGUUUAAUAAAACUAUUUACAGUUAAAAGAUAAAUUAAUAUAAAGGUCUUUAAGUUUAUCAAGGCUAAAAUAUUUGUGAAUUCAGGAUAUAAAAGAGGAAGAAGCCGUGUUUAUGUUUAACUUAACCUGUUACCUGUCACACGUAAAUCAUUUAAUUUGUUUUGUCUUUGGUUGUAUUAAAACUUCACAAGCCAAUCCGAAUAAAGUCUCAACGUGUAAAGGGCGGGACUAGUGCAGCAGGUUAGCGUGGGGAGUAGUGAGCACAUGUAGAGAAAGAAACCUGACCGGACUGAGAGCUAAGAGGAGGCAUCGUAGUGUGGGAAGCAGUUAAGUUUUAUCGUGAGGUCGACUACUCGUGGUCCUGAUUUAAACUUCUUUGUGACCUGCAAAAAGGAGCUGGACGUUGGAGAGAGGGGUUUCCAGCAGAUGGCCCUGCUGUUUUCUGUGUUUUCUUCCUUGUGACUUCGCCACCGCCAUUGCCCACGUGUGUGUUUGGAUUGCCACCGCCAUUGCCAUUAUCUUCGUGAGAAUAUCAUCCCCCAAUCCCUUUCUGCCCCUACUAAUUACACCCUGGAUUCGUGAGUACUGAUUUACACAUUGCACGUGCUUUUAUUUUGAGCUCAAGCUGAGUGAAGCGGCCAGUACAGUUUUUAGGCCCCACCGCACACAAGCUUCAACUAACAGGCCUGCAACGGGUUAACCUAAUUUAAAGUGUGUUGUUAAUUUGAUUGUGUGUGGUACAUUGAGUUUGCAUUGUUGUAAAUUGGAGAAUCCCGUGCAUCUGAUUUUAUUUAUUUUAUUUGUUUAUUUGUUUUCUUUUCCUAAAAUACAUUCGACUAGUAUUUCAUUUUGUGAAUAAAUAUGUGAUUGAAUACUUUUACAUUUAAAAUACAGUUGUGGUGGUCAUUUAUUAAAAUUAUCCAACAGUAACAUAUGAAUCAAAGUUGUACUUUCCUACAACGAGCCCAGGCCCAGUCUUAUUGUAUUAACCACUCUAGAUUUAUUAUUUAACUACAUGGGACAAGGGUUACAUAAAUGGAGGCCCCGCUGGGAUAAUAUUAAACUAAAAUGAAUUAGACAAGCAAAAGUAACAUGACCCCACAACUUUAAGAGCAUUUAUUUAAAGUAAUGUGCUAACAGUAACUAGAAGUAAUUAAAGUAAAGUACAACAAUGGCAGUCCUAGCAAACAGUCCAUCACAACGUGAGCUAAUUAACUGGUGCAAAGGAGAAUCAAUAGAUUUAAAGCAUGCCUUCCUGUUACAUGGAGUGCCUGAAGGUGUUUCAAGAGAAGACAUUGAAGAAACAGCAGGGACCAUCAAAGCUUGGGGAAGAGUUAGAGUUAAGGGAAAAAUGUUUCACCAUCAACAGCAAUCGCUGAUGGUGUUAUGUGAGUGUCGUGAAGAGAUCGACCCCUCUAAAAUCCCACCUGAGAUAAUGCCUAUAAGUGGAGGCAGUAGUUGGAAAACUGUCUGCUACACAGAGCCUCAGCUUGAUAACUUUGAAGAGAAGCUACUUACCUUUUUGCAGAGUGAAGGGAGAACCUUGGAGGACAUCCAAGGUCUAUGUUCCCCCACCAAAGAAAGUAAAAGCAACCCUGAAGACAUCAUCCGUGCAGUCGGUGAUGUUAUGAGCAGAACAAACAAACAACCUGACAGUCACCCAUACAGACGUCUGCGGACAUUCUCCGGGAUCAGUCCCACUCCCACUGGAGAAGAGACCUUAGACAACUGGUUGGAGCAAGCAACACUCUUAGUAGAGGAAGUUGAGUGCUCGGACAAAGAGAAACGACGUCGGAUACUGGAAAGUCUCAAAGGGCCCGCCUUUGAGAUCAUUCAAGCUGUGCGCAUGACUCAACCUGAUGCUAGCCCACGUGAGUACAUAGAGGCUAUAGAGAGCAUUUUUGGUACAGUAGAGUCCUCAGAAGAACUAUAUCUGUCGUUCAGAGCCCUCCACCAACAGCCUGGUGAGCGUCUGUCUGAGUUCCUACGAAGAGUAGAGAGAUCUCUUGUCAAAGUAGUACAAGGAGGUGGCUUACCUGUUAGCGCUGCCAACAGCACUCGUUUAGAGCAGCUUCUUAGAGGGUCCACCUCUGAACUCAUGUUGUUACAGUUGAAAAUUAGGGAGCGGAGUAGUAAUCCCCCUACAUUCUUGAACCUGUUAAGAGAAGUGAUGGAAGAGGAAGGUCGCCAGUCAGCCAGACAAAGCCAAGUGUCACACCUGCGUCCUCAGCGUGUACGCACCGUCCAAGCUGAAAAGGAGAAAGAACCUGAAUCAGUCUCUAGGAGUGAACUGCAAGCUCGGAUUCAAGAAUUGAGAGCGCAGUUAGAGCAGAGAAGCAACCCACAACCUCAGCCACCAUCUGAUGAGUCCUUUAACGGUCUUACAGAGAAACAAAAACAGAGAAAUGAGUCACAGAGUGAACUGCAAUCACUAAAGAAACAAGUGAAAGCACUAGAAAGUAAAAUGAGUGUAAUGGCAGUGAAUUACACAUCAGAACAAACACCCCAGCCACACCGAUACAAAGCAGCUACGGGUUACAAGCCCGCUCAUUCCAGAGUCUCCUCUCCCCGACAAGACAAUGAUGAGUUUUUCUGUUAUCGGUGUGGGGAAAAUGGCCACAUAGCCACCAGAUGUACUGCCCCUGAGAAUCUUCAGAAAGUCAUUAGAAAGCUCAUACGCUUGGCGCGUGUUUCCCCUCUUUCCCACAAAGAGAACCCGCAGCCUGCAGCUGAAGAACACUUUGUAGCUAGAACCAAUAAGGUUGAAGUCCCAGAGAACAACACUGACUUACCUGAAGGUCUUGUAGGUCCAUCAUUUAUUCACACCAUCAAAGUAAAUGAUGUAGUCUGCGAUGCUCUCAUCGACAGUGGGUCCAAUGUGACUAUCAUCUUUGAAAGCUGGUAUAACAAACACUUACUUGAUGUCCCGAUAAAACCCCUCUCUGGCCUUGGACUCUGGGGCCUGCUGACACUGAGUAUCCUUACAAAGGAUAUGUUGUUGUUGAGAUGGAGUUUUCAGAAGAGAUCACUGGUGUGA